GCUGCCUUGCGAGAGUGCCGGAGGGCUGCGGGCUGCCCAAGGACGGGCUCGGGGGCGCGGCGGGGACCGGCCGGAGCAGGAGGGCAGCUCGGGCUGGUGCAUUCACCCCGCGGUGCCGGUGGCGAGCAGCCCUGCCCUCGCCGCACACAGAGCCGGCCGCGCCGUCCCGGGGCCGCCUGCAGCUCCCGGGGCGCUCCCCGCCGGCCUCCCCCGGUACCCUGGGGGUCUGCCGGGCCGCGCUGGACACAGCCAGAAGUUUCCAGCCAGCGACUCCUCCACCGUCCCCCGCGCUCCUCCUCCGCGUCCCGCCCCUGGUCCCUCCCCCGCCGCCGCCGUUUCCAGACAGUUCCAGCCCCGCGCCCCCGCCCCCCGGCCCGCGGCGGAUAAAGCGGCCGGCGCGGCCCCCGGGCUCUGCCCCGCCAUGAGCGCCGCCGCGCAGAGCCCGCCGCCGCCGCAGAUGGAGGGCAGCGCCGAGCCGCUGCCCCCCGGCUGGGAGAUCAAGAUCGACCCGCAGACCGGCUGGCCCUUCUUCGUGGAUCACAACAGCCGCACCACGACCUGGAGCGACCCGCGCCUGCGGGCAGCGCCGCAGGAAGGCCAGUCCUCAGCCAAUGGCCCAUCUCGAGACAGCCCCAAGCAGCCGGCGGCCCGAGAAGGACACGUGGGCUACCCCAAGCUGCGUGCGGGCUACAUCCCCAUCCCCGUCAUCCACGAGGGCCUCGACGGCCGGCAGCAGCACCCCUGCUUCUCCUCCCCGCAGCCUGGGCUGCAGAGGUACAAGACAGAGGCCGUGCCAGCGCCGGGGCAGGCUCAGGCACCCCUCAGGGGGGGCUAUGGUGGCCCCGAGUCGCCGGCGGAGGCCGCGGCGGCCGAUAAACAAUGUGGACAGACACCGGCAGCUGCGGCCACGCACGGAGCCGAGCCUCAACCUCCUGGAGCAUCUGACCCUCCAACAGCUUCCCCUCAGACCUCUGGCAGACCCAACGCGGGGAGCCACCCGCUUCCUCGCGGUUAUAUCCCAAUCCCUGUGAUCCAUGAAAACAUGCCCCGCCAGCCAGCACAAGCCUACCACCAGGCACAGAAGACCCACUACCCUGCCCAGCAGAGCGAGUUCCAAGCCCACCAGCCGGUGUUCCACAAGAUCCAGCCGGAGGAGCGGGAGCCCAAGGCGGCGCGAGCGCAGUCUCCGUUCCGAGUGGCUCAGAGAGGCUCCUCUAGUCGGGAGAGCUCCCCGGCCAGAGUGAGCACCCAGGUGCAGCCCCCAGCUCCCAUCCGAGUGCAGACAGUAGUAGACAGACCCCAGGUUUCUCAGCAACAAGUCCCAGCUCAGGAGCCACCAAGACCAGCCCCUCCUCCUGAAGUCAAGCCUGACAACAAGGCAGCCCCACCGCCCGAAAUGGAGGCACCCUCCACAUAUAUCCCGAUCCAGGUCACCCACCAAGAACCAGAUCCUAAACCACAGCCCCAGAAGCCUCCAGCCAUGGCAGAGAAAGCUGACAGAAAGGCUCCUUCCCCUGCUAAGGCUGCUCCCCCUCAGGAAAGGCCUCCUCCCGAAGAAGCGGCGCCAACGAAGACGAUGGAAACAGGAGAACCUCAAAAGCAUCCUGGUGUUUUGAAAGUGGAAGCAAUUCUGGAGAAAGUACAAAUGCUUGAGCAGGCAGUCAACUCCUUUGAAGGCAAGAAAACUGACAAAAAGUACUUGAUGAUUGAAGAGUAUUUGACCAAAGAGUUGCUAGCCCUAGACUCAGUGGACCCUGAGGGUCGUGCGGAUGUGCGCCAGGCCAGGAGAGAUGGUGUAAGGAAGGUCCAGACCAUUUUGGAAAAACUUGAACAGAAAGCAGAAGAUGUCCCAGAACCUGUUCAAGUUGAUGGACUUCAGCCAAAUUUUCCAGAGCCUAAGCCACCACAGGAAAUCAUGGAGAUUGAACCUGUGGAAGUCAAGAGCAAGGGAGAUACCAGUAAUAAAAAUGCUCAAGAGGAAACCAAAAUGGAAAGACAUCAGCCUGAAACCAAGGAAGAAGUGUUUACCAAUCUUGCCACCACGACAAACACAUCCAAUAAUCCAACUGAACCAUAGCCACGUGCUGAAAUCAAAAUCUCUCAGACUUUAUAACUUAAAGUGUGUUUAAGUGAAUUUUAAGUUGCAUGCAUUUCCGGAGCUCUUUUCAACUGGUUUUAAUCAACAUAGCAGCUUGGGACACAGUAAACACUUUGUGGGGAAAGGAGGGAGCUAGAAAGAAAGUGAUGCAUUUAUCCUUUAUUCUUACACUAUGUAAAAGACAUGUUUCAAAAAUAAACCCUGUACAUUAAUUGCUUUUAGAUAAGCUGAAUGGAAAAGAAAAAUGACUUCAGGGUUAAUAUUGAUGCGUGUUGUUUAAGGUGUAUUCUUUUGCAGGUGAUUUUUGUAAAAUCAGAGGCCUGCAUUGUCAGAAUACCAGUCCUCCUACAAGUAUAGCCACUCUUAACAGUAAUGUUUUUACUUUUAAUGUUCACAGUUGGGCACUUUAAGUAAUGAUGGAUAGAAAGUGUGCAAGAAACUGUAGGGAUAUUUAUAUGUGUGCAGGACUUCAAUGCUAUAUUUUAAGAGGGAAAUAAAAUAAUAUGGAAGCCUAA